AUUGCUGACUAUUGUCAAAAAUUCAAUUGUCAAAUCCCAAUAGGACGUAAUAUCAGCGUAAAUAAGGAAAACAUAAAUUAAACCAAGUGUAUCUAUUGAAAAUAUUACAAAAAAGGCAUUUUAAUAAACAAUGGCGCUAUUUGAGAUGAAAUGGCUGAGACGUUGGGUACGUAGACACACAAACCCCAUACCGGAGGAUAAUGCCUUUCUGUGGAAAAAGCGCCUAAGUGUCGUCUAUGCACUACUCGCAUGGAAUGCUUUUGGAUUCGUCUGCUAUAUGGUCUAUACAGGUCGCAAUGAUUGGGCGAAGCAUUAUGGCUAUAAGAGUGAAGAGGAAGCUAAACUAACACCAGCCCAACAAUACGCAACACAAUUGAAUGUAAAUAAAGGAAAAAUUAUACGCUUCUCAGGAUUUAACCGUGUUGGAGAGACUGAAUUUGAUAACACAAGUGGCAAAGUCGAAUAAAAUAAAAAUCAUUUUUAAUUCUAAACGCUAAAGUUGUAAAAUAAAUUAAAAGUUAACAAAAAACAAAUA